CAUGAAGCGUGGGUAGGAGCGGGAGCGGGACCACGGUCCCGGUGCUGAGGCCCCUUCUGAGUGUGGGUCCAGCGCCCUUGUAAACCCGGUAUUGUAGGCUAGGGUUACCAUACGUCUGUAUUUUCCCCGACAUGUCUGGCUUUUUGGUUCUCAAAUUGCUGUCCCGGAAGAAUUUCCAAAAAGCUGAACAUGUCCAGGAAAAUAGGGAAGCAUGAUAAACCUAGAGUUACCUGCAGGAGCUGCGUGUCUGGGAUGCUUGCCCAGCCCCAGCUAAAUGUGUAACCCACUUCCCCCCACUGUGCGAGGGGACACUGCGGCUUUGAUGGGCUCCGGCCAGCCAGGAAGUGAUGUCAUUCCUCUUCUGGCCCCACCCCAGCCGGGGGUGUGGCGCUGUGGGAGCUGGAGCCAUGCGGGCUGCUGCCUGGCCCUGGGCACGGGCCCUAUUGCUGUGCUGCUUCCCGGGCCCUGGGGCUGCUGCCCAGUGGGUCCCCGGCUGCUCUUCUGGCCUGGGCUGAGUCCUGUUGCUCAGCUUGAGCUGCUCCGUGCGCUGCUGCCCCGAGCCGCUGUCCCCGCUUGUAAAAUAUUCCAGAAAAAAUCAUGACCAGGUGGGCCCGUACAAGUACCACUCAUAGCAAAAAGCCUCUGGACGCUACACCAUGGGAAGAUAUGAAAAAUGGAUCCACCAGUGGAACAGUGAGGAAUAAACAGCAAAAUUAUUCAAAUACGCUUUCUUUAAAGAAUGAUCAAGUGAAGAAGAAGAAGAAUAAAAAGAAAAAGGACUAUUUGAAUGAAGAUGUUAAUGGAUUCAUGGAAUACUUAAAACAGAGCUCACAGGUUAUACAUAAUGGAAAGGUGAGAGCAGCAGACAGCCAUGAGAUGAGGGAAGAAGUAGCAACAGCCUUGAAGAAAGAUAAGCGUCGGGAGGGAAGAAGAUUGAAGAGACAAGAGAUGAAGAAAAACACCAUGGUAUGUUUCCACUGUAGGAAGCCUGGCCAUGGAAUUGCUGACUGCCCAGCUGCCCUUGAAAGUCAGGAUAUGGGUACUGGAAUCUGUUAUCGAUGUGGAUCUACAGAGCAUGAAAUCACCAAGUGUAGAGCAAAAGUAGAUCCAGCUCUUGGGGAAUUUCCGUAUGCAAAAUGUUUUAUUUGUGGUGAGAUGGGGCAUCUGUCAAGGUCAUGUCCAGAUAAUCCUAAAGGACUGUAUGCUGAAGGAGGCUGCUGCAGGCUUUGUGGAUCUGUGGAACACUUUAAAAAAGAUUGUCCAGAAAACCAGAACUCAGAUCAAGCAGUAACAGUUGGUCGAUGGUCCUAUGGAAUGAGUGCAGAUUAUGAAGAAAUUCUAGAGAGCCCUAAACUACAAAAACCAAAAGUAAAAGUACCAAAAGUUGUUAACUUUUGAUAACUGCUCUCAGACUACAUUAAACAUCAUUUGUCUUCUGA